AUGAGGUUGUCUGCAUCAAAUUCUGAAUCAGAAAAGGUUGAUAUACAAUCUUUCUCAAAUUGGUUUUUAAGCAUAGGAGAUGGUUCAAAUAGUGCUGAAGGAGGAGGACAAUCAAUCGUACAUAUACCAACUGAAUUUUUAAUAUUUGAGUUCAUUGACCCUUUGAAGAAAAUUGUAGAAACAAUUUAUCCCCAAUUAGAGCAAAAUUUCAUGCGCGAAGAUUUUUUCACCAGCAGGGCAAUAUUGGCUCCGACCUUAGAAGUUGUAGAUCAAUUGAAUAAUUACAUUUUCUCAAUUUUCCCAGGGGAUGCAGUUACAUAUUUCAGUUCAGACUCCAUAUGCAAAGCUGAUCAACAUUCUGACUACUUUGAUGAUAUUUACAAUACUGAAUUCCUAAACACAAUUAAAUGCUCUGGAAUGCCUCCACACAAUUUGACUCAAAAAGUAGGAGUCCCUGUCAUGCUUAUGAGAAAUAUAGACCAGGCUAAUGGACUAUAUAAUGGAACAAGAUUGAGGAUUACUUUGUUGCCAGACCAUUUUAUUAGAGGAGUAAACCUAAAUGGAUCAAAAUUAGGGGAAGUCUAUAUUCAUCGCAUGGACCUUAACCCUUCUGAGGAAAAUCUUCCUUUUCUCAUGCGUCGUCAACAAUUUCCUGUUAUCCUCUCAUUCGCAAUGACCAUAAAUAAAAGUCAAGGACAGACUUUGUCAAAAGUAGGAGUUUAUUUGCCAAAACCAGUUUUUAUACAUGGUCAAUUAUAUGUUGCUUUAUCUAGAGUUACAUCAAAGAAUGGCCUUAAGCUUCUUAUUCAUGAUUCUGAAUUUAGGCCAUUGACAUCUAUGACAAAAAUGUAG